UUCCCAGUGAUCAGUCGUCGGAGUGAGAUGUUCUGUGCGCUCUGCUAGCGAUUGAGGAUCUGUAUUCGCGGUUUGAAGAUUGAUCAAAGGUAGUUGUUAUUGUGACUCGAAAGUGCUGCGGGAAGAAGGGAAUCGACCGACCGAGCGGACUUUGUGGUAAAGUCGGUGGAAUUUGAAACAUUUCGUCCGUGACCGUGGAGGAGCGGGACCGCGUGUGAAGCUCGCGAUUGAUACGCAAAUUAACUGCUGGCGGCGGCGGCGGCGUUUUUUGUUUUGUUGUCCGUGGCCUGUUGCGGAAGAGACAGGUGAAGAGAACGCAAUACGAGAAGCAUUGGAGAGUUUUUCGCGCCUCGAAGGAAGAAGGUACUUCUGAUCUACACGCAGCGUGGAGAAAGAAGUUCGGUUUGCGGUGUGCGAGAGUUUGAUUAAUUAAGUGUGUCUUACGCGUGUACGCCUCGUGCUUUUGGCGGCGAGCUUUUUGAAAAUUUUCGGGCAGUUUUUAUGUGUCGCUCCCUUGGCCAAUCAACGGAGACUGGCGAGGAAUCAAAAAAGUGUGGUAGAAGAGGAAGGUGAAAGAAGAAAGUGGUCAGGUGGCCAAAAAACAAAACAAGCAAAAAGAGCCUAUUCGGAGGUUGGACCGGCUUUUGACGGCGGCACAAGGUGUGUAAAAAGUGUAAAAUGAUUUCGCAUUCUUUGUGGUCGCGGGUCGUCGGACGUCGCGCGGUAAUUGAAGUUUAAUGCGAACAGCGACUGCGACUGCGUCCAUCCAUCCCCGGCUAAGGCUGAUAAAGGUCGUCGGAAGAAGAAAGUGGGCUCCUCUCGUGCGGUCGUCGGGCAGUGGGCUACGUGCGAGAUGAUCUGCCGCGGCUUUUGCUGAAGUCUGCGGUGUGAAGAAUUCGUAUUGGAAUGCGAUGGAUAUGAAAGUGGAAAAACAACGCGAGUUUGGCAAGGAAAAGGUCUUCUGGGUGUGAACGGGGCUUUCGCUGGUUACUAAAAGCAGAAACGGGGGCGACAUCAAAGUGCAACGACAUAAAUUCCUACGCAACACCACACACACAUAAAUUACACACAAAUUGGUGAUCAAAGUGCGUCCGAACCCCGGGAAAGGGAGGAAUUGAAGUUUGUUUAGCUGUAUAAGCGGGCGUUAUAAUUGGAAAGUAGUAAUUCGAGAUCAAACGGUAGAUCGGUUGGUGGGGAUCAAAGAAGAAGUUCUGAACCCGAAAGAAAGUGUCGGAAGGGGAGCAGUGUUUUGAUUCGUGUUUGGCAAAGGAAAGCAACGUUCGUUCGGCGAGAACGUGAUUCCGAGGAGAAUGCUGAGACGGUGCAGUAUGAUGAGGAGGAAGACAGGCGCAUGUGGGACUUUAUUGCGGACCACGCUGGCGGUGUGUUUGAUGGUGGCGCAUUUCUCCGUCCCAUGCCAGUGUCGAGCGGCGGGAACGACGGCAAUGGCUUCGGCAGUUAACCAACGACAUCGGCAGGCGAAUAUUUCCAUCGAAAGUAACUCGAUUCAACGGUUGGCCAACGGCGAAACGGAAGCGUCAAAUGGGGCGUCAUCGGCUGAGGCGGCGGCUGUCAGUUAUGGGGAGCAGAAUGGCGCCUCCUCGGGGACAGUUUCCGCCGAUGGCGACAAAAGCAACAGCAAUCAACUUCCACCGGUAACAUCGGCACCAGCUGUCGUCACCGUUCAGAAGGAACUGAAGCGAGUGUUCCUGUCCAACCGGACCGUCACCUGCAACGACGGUUCCCAGGCCGGAUUCUAUCUACGUAAAUCGCCCGGAUCCAGACGGUGGGUCGUGUUCUUCGAAGGAGGCUGGCACUGCUACGAUCACAAGUCUUGCCGGGCCAGGUGGCUCAAACUGAGGCAUCUGAUGACGUCCGCUCAGUGGCCGGAAACCAGAGAUGUUGGAGGCCUUCUAUCGCCGCUUCCGUCGGAGAACCCGUACUGGUACAACGCCAACCACGUGUUUGUUCCGUACUGUAGCAGCGACUCGUGGAGUGGAACCAAGGUCAAGCCCGAUACGAGGGAUGGAUUGAGGUUCAUGGGAUCGCUGAUCGUCCGGCAGGUGAUGGCCGAUUUGAUUCCGCUUGGAUUGGGACACUCGCAGGGAGCUGAUUUGCUGAUGGCUGGGUCCUCUGCCGGAGGUUUGGGAGUGAUGCUCAACCUGGAUAAGGUGCGCAGCUUUCUGCAGAAUGAGAAAGGUCUCAAGGUGGCCGUCCGAGGCGUCAGCGACUCCGGCUGGUUUCUCGACCGGGAACCGUACACACCGGGAGCCGUGGCAGCAUCGGAAGCCGUCCGUCAGGGCUGGCGCAUGUGGGACGGAGCCCUGCCACAGGCUUGCGUAGCCGAACACCCGAAGGAACCGUGGCGGUGCUACUUCGGCCAUCGGCUGUACAAUACGUUGAAAUCGCCCCUGUUCGUGUUCCAGUGGUUGUUCGACGAGGCUCAGAUGCGAGCGGACCACGUGGGCGCUCCGGUUACACCUCAACAGUGGGACUACAUCCACGAUAUGGGUGGUGCUCUGCGGGAGUCCUUGAACAACGUGACGGCAGUGUUCGCCCCGUCCUGCAUAGGGCAUUCCGUGCUGACGAAGCGGGACUGGAUGAACAUCAAGAUCGACGACGUUAGUUUGGCAGAUGCCCUUCGGUGUUGGGAGCAGUCGGACGUGCGGGAUCGUCAGGUUCAGAGGCGUCAGUCGAACCGCAAUCCCAGUCCGCAGAAGAUGCGCCGGAAGCAUAACGGAGGUCGCAGGAAGAAGCAACAACAGCAGAUGGACGAUAAUCAGGGAGGAAACGGACAGGAGGAAGCUCCGAAACCCAAGUUGACCAAAGAAGAGCGACAGAGAAGACGAGAGGAGCGACAACUACAGCGGAGGUUGAACCGGUUGAACAACAAGAACAACGGACGAGAAGGAGGCAAGAAUCACACUCGACACCAGCAGAGAUUAGACGAAUCCCAUUCAACGAAAGUUCCUAGACUAGAGCGAUCGCCAAAUAGUACCGGUAAAAAUAGUAAUAGUAGUGGAAACUCCAACAAGAAGCAAAAUCAGAACGAACGCCAUCGGCUUCGGAAUCAGAACAAGAAGCGGUUGAACCACAAAAAUCGCAACCGCAAAAACAUGAACAACCGGAAGAACCAACAGCAGCAGCAACAAAACACGAAUCCUUUCGGGCUGGAUCUAGCCGAACCAAAGAAAUGCUCUCUGAGGUUGCUGGAGCGAUGCAGUUGGCCGCAGUGUAAUCACUCCUGUCCGACGCUGACGAAUCCGCUGACGGGAGAGGAGAUGAAGUUCCUCGAACUGUUGGCCUCGUUCGGGCUGGACAUGGACGCCGUCGCGACGGCUCUCGGCGUCGAUAUGCAAACCCUGAACAACAUGGACCACGCGGAACUGGUCAAUCUACUGACGCAACAGGUCACGUAGCCCAAUGGACGUCUUCCCCAACUCCCCUGUAAAUAGCUGAACAAAUCGAUUAGGUAGACGAUAAUUUAUUUUUUUCUGUAGUGUAGCAAGAAAUUUGAUGAAUUUCAAAUGGUUACGUAUUUCGAGCAAGAUGUGUUUCUAAGUUCAAAAUUUUUGUCGGCCUCGCCAGGAAGACAAGCCCCCCCUUCGAUUCGGUCCCUAUUUUCUUCAGAAAUGCAGCUCACACUUUUGUUGAGAUUAAACACAAGAUAGUUGAAACCCUGUUCAUAGUGCUUGUACAUAUAACUACCUAAGCAAUGCAAAGAGCUACAAAACAAACUAAACCAGACUGAAUCACUUACGUUUAGAAGCAUUAUUUAUUUGUUCGUUUGUAAGCCCGUGUACAAUAUAGAAGCUUUACCCAGAGAUGACAUUUUUGUGCGACAGGCAACCCAGUUCUUAAAAUGAUAGAUUUUUUAGGUCGAGAAGUAGUAAGCAAAAGUUGUAUUUAUGUUUUUGUUUUCGAAAAAAAAUGGAAAAACCCUAGACUGUACAUACUAGCCACGUAAGAAAACAGCGAAAUGACUACCUCACCGAUUACUUAAUAGAGAAAAGGACAAACAAUAGAGCAAAAACUAAAACUCGAAUAGCAAAAAGUAAUAAACCCGGAUGAAACACAGAUCAACAGUCGAAACUCGCAGCCCGACGAUGGUGAACUGCAACAACGGAAUCAUAUAUUGUACCUGCAAUUAGUCAUAGUAUUAGAAAGUAUUAGAGAUAUUUGCCGUGGACCGUGCGUGCCCUUUGCGGAAAUUGUGAGACUCAUUUUCAACCUUCCGAAGAUCUGCUACUUUAGGACAUGUUUCCCACCAGUCGCACGACUUGUACCGCUUUCCGAUGACUAUUUUUUAUAUAUUAUAUUGCUUUGUACAUAAAUUUAUUUAUAGGAGUCGACAGAUUAGGGAUGUACGAGUAAUAGAAGGAGAGCGAACUGUAAUAAGUAUCAUGUUGAAAAUAUUCAAAAAA